GUGCUAACCACGUCCGUGUAACUGUCCCCGAAUGUCACCAGAUUCUUGAUUUGUCCGGGUUUGACGCCGAACUUCUUGCCUUGAACCAAGACAAGAGCAGCCGCAGUGAGCAGAACCGAGGAGAGGUGUGCAAACAUGUCGUGCAGCAAAGAGUUUCGCUGGUAUAUGCCUCCAAUUUAAGUGUCCCCAGGCGAUCAAAUUCCAGUCAUGAGAUGAGCGCCGAAACGGCUUCCGAAGUUCUACCGCGUAAAACGUGCGGAGGGGAAGGCAUUAAAGGAAGCCAGCAUCUUGUGAUGCGCGACCUUGUGAUCUCUCAGGCUCGGGCCGACGCAGAGACAUGUAUAUGUUUGGGUUUCAAUCGACGGUGAAGACGCGGUGCUGGAGAACGAAUACAGACAGAUGGAUCGUGAGGGAGGAAGCUAACAGGUCGAACAGCAACAUGCGCAAACAACGCGCUCAUUUCCUUUUCGACAAAGAUGGCGGACACAGUGACCUGUGGUUUGCUCAUUCACAAUGCUCUGAAGGAUUCUACAAGGCCGAACUCGAGUCGGACAUCCGCUCCGGCGGUGGUCCUUCGAAGACAGCUGAGGAACGGAUGCAGAUGAUGGAACUGCUCAAGCGUUUUGAGGAGGAGAGUGCAGCGGUUGACGAGAGUCUCACAAUUGAAGAAGAAGAUGACGAUAAUGACGAGACAGAUCUAUCGAAACGGAUGCGCAAUGUUGACAUCGACUCGGUCCAAUCGGAAGAACUAUGGGCUCUGCUCACUUCCACAGAGCGAGAUAGAUUCCUCAAGAUAAUGCGAGACCCAUCAAGUGAACUAACCCAGCAACUACUGGCGAGUGAAGAAAUCGAGAGGGGAAUGACUGAACCAUGGUGGUUGCGUCCUUCAACACUCGAAAUGAAGGAAGAGCUGUCGAGAUUAAAACGGCCAAGAAACCAACGACAAUACGGUCACCCGCCAGAACCUAUUGCCAUUCCUCCGUCGAUGAUGCACCAGAAACGCAGCAGCGGUGCACCUGCCUCCUUGAUGUACAACAUCUGUGCUGUGAUGCUGGGUUAUGCAUAUAUCACUCGACAUCUCUCCAUUUCUCCGCUUUGUUCUGCUCCAGAGCUGGAUCAGGAAACAGCACGGACACUGCUAUCGCAGUUCGUCCCGUUCCUUACCGCGAAGACGUCGAAAAUCCUGCAUCUGACACUGGACAGUGCCAUCACGGAGUUGCAGUCCCACCUCAACUCUGAUGGGUUAACAACUCAGCUACCGAGCAUCCUGUUACGCGACGCGGCAAUGCUCGUCCGUCCAGCUCUCAUUGUAGAGCACGGGUCUGCACACCUCAAUGCGUUUCGUGCCUUGGGAGACAUGCAUAGUCUGUUUCAGGCCCAGAUACACGUCAAACACAAACUUGCGUUUUACGCGGUUCAAUUGGAUCCUUCGGCAAGCUUGGUGGCUCGGGAACUGGAGAAUGAAGCGCGUAGCAGGGAGGCAGAGUCUAUUCCCUCGGUUGAAUGGGAUCGUCGAUCUUUCGCUCUGCCAAAGAAAGGUAUCAACAUCGAAGAAGUCGAGGCGUAGAAGAUUAUAGUCGCAGUACAUUCAUCAACGAUCUGAUUAUAACCGUCAACCCGCCUGUUAACUGAGCAGGCAAACCUACAGUUCGCAACUACCAGCCUUGACAAGCCUGACAUACGGCGCUUAGACCGACAGGGACAUGAGUUUGUUUACAUUUGAGCACGUGGCUGAGAGGAAACACGGUCACGCGAUCCACCACCUCUUGUCAUCAAUCCCCACCUUCCUCAAGCCCUCGACCCCGAACCGCACGACCGGCAUCCUAGCACCAUGAAAGUCACCAUCACAUACUGGCACGCCGUUGCCCAAUGGCGCUGGGAGACGGCCACGGACUCGAGCUCUGGGAAUGACGAGGAGGAGGACGUAUGUGGAAUUUGCCGAGUUGCGUACGAAGCCUGCUGUCCGACAUGCAAAGUGCCGGGAGACGACUGUCCCCUAAUAUGGGGUGAAUGCACACACGUCUUCCAUAUGCAUUGUCUGCUGAAGUGGAUCGCAACACCUGCGUCAAAGGGGCAGUGUCCGAUGGACCGAAGGGCGUGGAUCACUGCUGAAAGGAAGAUCAACACUCGUCCAACAUGACUUGUGCUAUCGCCUGGGCCCCUGAUGAUUUAUUUAAUCGAUGUACUGUUGGCACUAUCGCCACUAUCCUGUAACAACACCUCUGUACACGUAUGAUUUGAUGCGCUCGCAUGAGACGGAAAUG